AUGUCAUCUGAUGAAUUAGAUUAGUAAAAAAAUAAAUUAAGAGAAUAAGUUAUUCAUACUGAAACUCUUAAUAUGAUGGCAAAAUAUUAAUUAGUAUUCUUAAAGAUGGAAAUAUCAAUGAGAAAGUUAGCAUUGAUAAUAAAAUUAAAGUAAUUCUAACUGAUUAUUGUAGAGGAAACUAAUAGAAGUUUUAUGCAUUUAGAAAACUAAAGCAAUCUAAUAAAUAUAGUGCUAAUCAUUUUAAAGUACUUUUUACAUAGAUUGCAUUAAAAUAUAAGUAAAUUGGAGCAAUAAUUCAAAAAAAAUAAAAAAGGAAUAUUCAUUUUGCAUUCCUUAAAGUUAGAUUAUAAUUUUCUAAAAACAAAAAUGAAAAAAUUAGAAAAUCCUUUUUAUAGGUAAUAGCUUCUAAAGAGACAGAAAUAAAAAAUCUGUAAAUAAAGGAAUAAGAAAUAAUUGAGAAUAUAACAAAUUAAAAAUUAAAAGAAUAGGAUCUUCAAUAGAAAAUAAAACAAAAGGAUUUAAUAUUAUCAUAAUUAGAAAAUGAAUUAAGGAGAAAUUCAGUCAAUAAAACACUGGAUUCAAAAGUAAAUCUACUUAAUAUUGAAGUUAAGAAAUAUAGAAAAUGAAAAUUAGGAGAUGUAAGACCGUAUUAUGGGAACAGAAGAUUCUGUAAAUCUAUUUAUAAGAGAAAUGAACGAUAUGCUUGAUAGUCAUGAAAUUAGUACUAAUUUAGGUAAUUAUAAAAAACGACUCCAUUAGAUAUUGAUUCUGAUGAAAACUAAUCUUAUGAAUAACAUGCUUAAAUGGUUGAAUAUUAGAGUUAAAGAUUGA